UCGAUCCGUUUGGGUUUUGUUCCUGGGAUGGGACUUUUGGGUGGUCCUGUUGGGUGAUUAUUUCGCCCCGCGCAGGGAUCGGCGGGAGGGCGGUGCGCAGCGGGGCGUGUUUCCGUGGUUCGAUUUGGUGGUUGGGUCCGGUUCCGGCAGAAAUCUCUGGGCGUCGGUUUUUUUCCUUUCGGUCUGUGCGAAAUGAUUAGAUUUGCGUUUUGUCGAGUCGUGGUUGUUGGGAUUAGUCGAAUCACGCGGCAGAUUUGGUGCGUGGUGUGUUCGAUUUACAAUCCCUCGGCAUAAAUUCGCAGUUUUUGUGAUUCGAAUUCGGUGCCCUGUUCUUCGUGUAACUGUCGGCGAAAUGAAAAUAAUUUGUCCGUCUGAUUAUUAGCAGUUUGUCAGGAAAAAGUCGCUUUUGAGGUAUUGAUUGUGUCCAUCUUCCUGGAAAUCAGGAUCUCGUUUCAUAGCGCUUACAGUCAUUCAAAAUGGAACACAAGGAGGCAGGUUGCCAGCAGCCAGAGGGCCCAAUCCUAUGCGUCAAUAACUGUGGCUUCUUUGGUAGUGCGGCCACCAUGAACAUGUGCUCUAAGUGCCAUAAGGAGAUGGUCAUGAAGGAGGAGCAGGCCAAGCAAGCUGCCUCCUCCUUCGAUAGCAUUGUCAAUGGUAGCGACAGUGGGAAAGGCCCUGUUGUUGCUGCAACUGUGGAGGUGGCGGUUGCUCAGGUUGAGGUGGAGAAGCUCGUUGUGCAGUCUACCGAUGUAGCAGGCACCAGCGAGGCUGUUGCUGUACGCCCCAAGAGGAAGGAGGGGCCGAAUCGGUGUUCUACCUGCAGGAAGAGGGUUGGGCUGACAGGAUUCAACUGCCGAUGCGGUAACAUGUACUGUUCAAUGCACCGCUACUCUGACAAGCAUGACUGCCAGUUCGACUACCGGACUGCAGCUAGGGAUGCCAUCGCCAAGGCCAAUCCAGUGGUGAAGGCAGAGAAGCUUGACAAGAUCUAAGUGGCCUACAUGGAAGAAAUGGGUUGCAAAUCUAUGAAAUUUCAUCAUCUGCCUUUGCGGUGUCAUCCUUGCUCCUCUUUCUUGUUGGCUGCUACAUUUCUCAAGGUGUUCAGCAUUGUGGUGCAUACUGCAUCUUGGCAGCUGCAAGAACUCAGUCCUGUCAGUCGAUUCUGAAUGGUUUGCGUGUUGUGUAACUUUAUUCAUGGUGGUUUCUUGGUCAGUAUUGUGGCGUCUCAUAUAGCUAGCGCUGUAAUGUACUUCUAUUGUCCCAUGUGUGUUACAUUCCAAUCAGUAAUAGUAAUCAGCAAUGGUUCAUUAUAUUGCUCA